GAGAAAUGAGCUACCCGAUUUUUUUUUUAUAACUUAUCAGCUGAUAACAUUUCUUUAACAGGUACGAACUAAUUUCUAACACCCAAAACGGUCGAAAUGCCUCAAGCUGUAAGGAAUCCAGAAAUUAAGUUCACAAAGCUUUUUAUCAAUAAUGAAUAUGUGGACUCAGUCAGCAAGAAAACUUUUGCUACUAUCGAUCCAGUGACGGAGGAAAAGAUAUGUGAGGUUGCAGAGGGUGAGAAGGCAGAUGUAGACAAAGCAGUCAAAGCAGCCAUGGAAGCUUUUAAACUUGGUAGUCCUUGGAGGACUAUGGAUGCUUCUCAGCGAGGAAAAUUGCUGUACAAGGUUGCUGAUCUUAUAGAAAGAGAUCUGGACUAUCUAGCUUCCCUGGAAACAAGAGAUAGUGGAAAAUUAUUCACUGAUUCAGUAGAUGACAUGGAUCUAACUGUGAAGUGCUUCAGAUACUAUGCUGGGUGGGCUGAUAAGAUAACAGGAAAGACAAUCUCUUCUGAUGGUCCUUACUUUGUGUACACCAGACAUGAACCUGUGGGUGUGGUUGGAGCUAUUGUACCAUGGAAUUUCCCUCUUAACAUGGCUUGCUUGAAGCUUGCUCCCGCUCUGGCUUGUGGCAAUGUUGUUGUACUUAAACCAGCUGAGCAAACUCCAUUAACAGCGCUGUAUGUGGGGUCAUUGUUUAAAGAGGCUGAGUUUCCUCCUGGUGUUGUGAAUAUCAUCUCUGGUUAUGGUCCAACAGCAGGAGCGGCCAUAUCUGAACAUAUGGAAGUCAACAAAGUUUCAUUUACAGGGUCAACUGAGGUGGGAAGGAUUAUACAAGCUGCUGCAGCAAAGUCCAACUUAAAGCGUGUGACACUGGAACUUGGAGGAAAGAGCCCAAAUAUAGUUUUUGCUGAUAGUGAUGUGGAUUAUGCAGUGGAACAGGCACACUCAGCAUUGUUCUUUAACCAAGGACAGUGCUGCAGUGCUGGCAGCCGCACUUUUGUGCAAGACACCAUUUAUGAUGAGUUUGUGAAAAAGAGUGUGGAAAGAGCUAAAAAACGUUCAGUUGGGGAUCCAUUUGAUGAUGUGAUUGAGCAAGGACCACAGGUUGAUGGAGAACAGUUCAAUAAAAUCCUUGAUCUGAUUGAGAGUGGAAAAAAAGAAGGAGCAAAGCUUGAGUGUGGAGGUGCUCGACAUGGAGACAAAGGAUAUUUUAUACAACCCACAGUCUUCUCAGAUGUUAAAGAUCACAUGAGGAUUGCCAAAGAAGAGAUAUUUGGUCCUGUACAACAGAUCAUCAAAUUCAGUGAUAUAAAUGAAGUUAUUGAGAGGGCAAAUAAAACCACAUAUGGCCUGGCUGCUGCUGUAUUUACCAAAGAUAUAGACAAAGCAACAACAAUUUCUCACAGCUUACAAGCUGGAACAGUUUGGGUCAACUGCUAUGAAUGUGGGGCCCCACAAGCUCCUUUUGGAGGCUUCAAAAUGUCUGGAUUUGGCAGAGAAUGGGGUGAAUAUGGUCUCCUGCCCUACCUAGAAGUGAAAACGGUUACAAUGAAAGUACCAUCCAAGAAUUCAUAGCUGCCGUCAGACGGACUCAACAGAUGAAAAUUAAAAAAAUUCUGAAUUACUGUGUAAACAAG